CUUACAUUUUCUUUUGUUCUUUCGUCUUCAGAUCAUCUUACAUACUGCUCCUCACACACCCCCAACUCACGAGGUACUUUCAGGUUAAACGCAAACUCACGGGAGGCUGAAUUUUUUGAGUUAUGUCGAUUUCGAAGGGACCUAUAAAUGUUCAUAAAAAAGGAUUGACGUCGGCAAUCUAUGAUGUUCAUGGGCGUCGUAUAGUUACUGGUGGAUCAGAUGGGAAGAUAAAAGUUUUCGAAACACUUGAUGAUGCUUGCCCAUUGGAACAUAUCGUUGGAGAAAAAAUAAAUGCUAUUGCUUGCCGAUAUGAAAACGUCAUUGUUGCCACUGAGGGAACUUAUGUUCACAUUCUCCAAAUGGAAGAUGGUCUUCCAGACGGUGUAGCUACCCGCUUUACUGCAGAAGUUAAUCAUUUAGCUAUGAGUAAGGAUCUAAGUAAGAUUGUUCUGUGUAGUAGGUGGGUUACUAUUUUUUGUGGUCGAUAUCAGUAGUGAUUUCUCAAUCAAGGUUGUAGAUCUUUCAACCCAUGGUAGCGAUCGGGAAUUAGUAUUCAAAGGACAUCAAGGCGCCGUCUUGAGUGUGGCCUUCGAUCCAAUUGAUGUUUUCAUAGCUUCUGCUUCAUGUGACGGCAGUGUGCGUCUCUGGGAUUUAAUGACUGGGAAAGAAACAAAGUGCAUUUCAACACUUGCGAAAUGUAGUGAUCCCCUUUUAGCUCCAAGUUACUGCAGAUUAUGUUGGGAGAGCACAGUUGGGAAGUUCUUACUUGUACCGGUUGAUAGAGAAAUCCGAAUGUUCGAGCGAGAGUGCUGGAGUUUGCUGAGUUCUUUAUCUUGUCCUUCCGUUACUCAUCCUUACAGUGUAUGCGCUUCUUCACGGGAUGGCCAACUUAUUUCAGGUGGAUCUUUAGAUGGGUGGAUUAUUAUCUGGCGUGUUGAAGACAGACAAGCAAUUCAUCGCAUUCGUGAUCCGUCUCAUAGUCGAGUUUGUAGCUUAUUUUGGCAUCCACUCGACAAAAACCUUUUAUUCGCAAAUGAAAACGGAUCUGUGGGACUUGUCAAUGCUCCAGACCUACAGCCUUCUUCUAGAGAUCCUUUGUCUCCGAAUAGAAUAGCUGAGUUAAUGGGGUGUGAUGAAGAUGGAGAUACUGCAAAUCUAUUGAGUGCCGCUGCAGCUCAAGCAGAAUCUAGCAGACUUGUAACUGACGACGAUGUCAUUGACCAUCCAAACGGUAAUGAUAGUGAUUCAGAUUCCAUCGAUCUAUCUCGAAUAAAGUCUGAUUACAUGUCAUUCAAUGAUGAGGUUGAGGAGCAACAAGCUCCUACAAAAAUAGAAAUCAAACAGACUGUUCCUACUGUGGAUGAUAAUAUUCAUCCAAAGAAAGAUUGCAUCUCGAUCCAGUCUUUGCAGAAGGCUUUCCAAUCAGGUGCAACACCAGUCGGUUUUCGCGAACGUUUCAUGGUAUGGAACAGAAUUGGCAUCGUGACACAGUUCAGAGACACAGUUGAAUAUCAAGCAGAGGAUGAUGCCUCAAAUCAAUCUUCUGGAGGAAGUAUAGAAGUAGAAUUUCAUGAUACUAGUUUACAUCACAGUUUGCGGUUAUCCAAUAGUUCGGGUUAUUCUAUGGCGGAUCUAAGUUUGACUGCUUUGUUAUUAGCAUCGAAAGGUUCAGACGACCCUAACUUGGAUGAUUUGAAUGAUGAUGAACAAAAUGAACUGUAUGACCUUAGUCGCAUCGCUAUAUUACCACUAGAUGUUGGCAGUUCGAACAUCGGAGAUGCUUCUGCAGAAUGGACUACAACUCUUCCACCUGGUGAAUUAUGUGAUGCAGUUUGCCUAGUUACUGAAGAGAGCAAUAAUAAAACUGAAAGUCCUGGCUAUGCUGUUGUCGCUACAUCAAAGCGCCUACUACGCGUUUUUACUCAACCUUCUGCAUCUUCAUCCGUAGCACAUUCGAAUAAUUUACGUCUGCUUCAGAUAAAUAAGCUAGGUUUACCACCCAUUAGUCUCUCUGGUCACCACACUGUUGUCUUAGCAAGUCAUCCUACUAGUCCUAUUCUGGCUGUGGUAACCUGUAAUCUAGUAGGAGAAUUAGAAUGGAGAGUAUUUUACCUAGGAGGAGUUAUGCUCGGGUUCAACCGAACUCCAGCUCCACUAUGGAUGAAAAGUUCCUUAUCUAUCUGGCAACACUUGCCACUUAGUCCUCCUUUAAAACACCCUACUUCUCUCGAUACUGCAGUAGUUCGCCUAACGUGGUUUGGAUUCUCCGAUACUGGAGGACUGUUUACAUAUGACUCUAACGGGGUCGUACGACGCCUUAUUCAUGGCCGUUCUCAAAGACAACCAGAAUUUCAUUGGGUUCCUAUUUGUGAUACAAGAAGUUUAUUAAAGCAGAACAAUAGGCGAACAGAUAAUUAUUUCGUUGUUGGUGUUCUAGAAUCCUGUGAAUCUGUGGAAACUUUGUCUUCUGAAAACAAAAAGGAUUUAAAAUCUAAUGUCGUUGGGUUUGGUCAACUGCAAGCAAUUUACUGCAAAGCCUCAAAAUGGCCAAGAGUUUUUCCUCGACCUGUGGUGUCGAAUAUACCCUUCCGCUUACCUUUAUGUGCAAUGAAUACCGAUCAAAGUGAUUUGGAGGAAAAUUAUCUCCAGUGUGUAAUCAGUGAAGACUGGCCUAUCUGGGGUCCGAAUAUCACCGAUGCAAAUGAUGACUUAUCGUCACAUUUGUCAUCAAUAAAUGCAAAGUCACUGACAAAGCGCAAGGCAGUUUUGUUACGUCUCUUCGCCUUGGCAGCAAAACUUGAAUCAGAUUGGGCUAGUCUCGCAAUCGCUGAUAUGAUGCCAGAUGCAGCGACUGUUCAGCUUGCUAUUAGAUAUGCCGGUCGGCUAAGGCGUCAAAACCUCGCACAUCGUUUAGCAGGAGUCGCUUUAGAAAAAGAACGUCGUCAUGUGUCAGAAACUGUUGAAGUUGACGAUUGCGAUGAUAUCCCACAGAAUUCAUUCAAAAGGAACCAUAACAGAGAUCAUACUACUUUCACAGGCUAUCCUCUAUCGAACAACCAUGUUCAUACUCACCCAAAGACCUCAAGAUCUGCAAAUGAUUCAGACAAUGUUGAUAUGGCGGACACUUCGCUUGUUAGUUCAGGAACUGAUGAUGCUAAUGAUGUUGCAAGUAAUAGUCUACCUCUGGCAGAUUCUGAGUCUCUGUCUAAUUCUAUGUUGACCCCCUCCUCUUCACGAAAUCCUUUCAAAUCGUCUCUUGACCAGAAGGAAUUUGCGCCCCGCCCAAUCGCUCACGGAACGGAACUGUUAGAUGUUUGGACACCUAAGACAACUGCUGCAACCAACAAGGUUUCUCAAAAGCCUAAUGCUAGCAAAACUCAAAACAACAAAAAGCGUUCGGUCUCUUCUUCUCAACGAUCUAAAUUGCCUAAAAUGAAAUCUGUUGCUGUAACAGAUACUGAUCAAGAAUUUACUGAUUGGUUUGAAGAAAAUCGAGAUACAUUAGAGGAGAGUUAUCCAGAAGUGUCAGUGGAGGAGCUUGUUCGCAUAGCGCAGUCUGAAUACCGUUCCAUAAAAAGUUCAAAAAACGUUGUUUGUGAUGGAGAAGAUAAAAAUUCUAAUGACGACUGUAAAGAAAAUCUACCGCAAAAAAAUAAUAAACGUCCACUAAGUGAGAAUGAUGAUUUAAUUCAGUCUAAUUCUAUUGCUUCAAAGAAAAGAUUAUCUGAAUUUGAGAAUACAGUAUCUAAGAGAAUAUCAUCAUUUGCAUUUUCUCAGAAUUCAUCAAAAUAAAAAUAUAACACAUUUUCAAUGUAAUUAUAUGGGGCCAUAUUUGUAUAUCUUAUUUUAACCGGUUUAUUCUAUCAAUUAUUACUAAGUAAUUUAGUCUUUUUAGAGAUUUUGUUUACAACCUAUUACUUGUAUCUUAGUUGUCUUCUUUCAUAGUGCUUGUAUACAUUUUUUACUAGAAAAUGUAAUACUUUUUUUGAAUCUGUAUUAUAUAAACUACUGUACAUUACUGUGUUGUAACUUUUCCU